UUAGACAUCAUUAUCGUAUGUUUAUAAAUCCCGCGAACCGAUGUCAUCAUAACGAUCUAUGACAUGCCGCGUCAGCAGACGACAUGUCACGUGACUACAUGACCUCUGACAUGGAACAGUUUAUCGGUGUAGUGAAACGUGUGGAGACUUAGAUCCCUCUUCAUACGGAAACAACUCCCAACUGGAAUACAUUCUUGGAAUAUAGACGUCACGUACACCUGUAUGGUCAUAAGCAGUAAACGGUAACCUAUAUUGCGGUGCUUGACUCGCAACAUGACUGCCCCUACAGUUUGGCAGCUGGGCGAGGAACUGAAGGGGAAGCUGUUGCCCUUCCUCAGAGAGGCCAAGGAGAUGAAGUGCAAAAUUGACCUUGAGAUCAGCAACAAGCAGGACGAGAUGGAGUACAGCUCGGUGGUGCUGAGGACGUGCAAGGCGCCGGUCCCGGAGGAUCCUAGGAAGAUUAGGAGGCUCUGUGAAAGUGUCAUCGAGAACAUCCAGGCCACGAUGGACAGCUAUGAGCGUCUGCACAGGAUAGCAGAGCAUGGUGGAGUGCAAGAGACUGGUCAGGUGACCACCACCUGCCCCGAUGAGCUGGAUGAUGAAGCAGAGAAAAUAAUUCUACCAACUCCAGAAACUGAACCACCGAGCCAUUUCUGUGAAAUAAUGGAUACCCAGGAUGUGAGUGAGACUGACAUACCAGAUAGACAAAGGCGGACAUCUUUACGCCCACAGCUUGUACGCAGGGGUGCAGUGGAGCAUGUCGAGCAGGAGACGAUUGACCUUGGGAAGUAGGUCAGCUGAUGUAGAGACGGGGAAGGGGGACUGCCGUUGGAGGGCCAUGCACAAACAGAAGGGAUCUCAUGGAAGUUACAGGUUCUUAUUAAGGAUUAAUAGGGGACUGUACAUUGGGCACUGACAAUGACUGUACACUUUAAUACUGGAAGGUAAAAAUAUUUUCUGUGUGAAAACCUACUCUAUCAGGCAUUAUUUGUCACUUUUGUGGCCUCUGGUAGAGUUGUUUCACCGUGUCAACAUGGGUUGGAGUCCUGUCCACAGAUCCAACUCAGUACUCCUGUCAAGUCUAGCUGUUGCAAACAGCCGUACAGCCUUCCAAAUUCAUGCUAGUCCACUAGCCCAAGACUACUAAAUUGUGCAAAGGGCAGGUAAAAAGUAAAUGUUGAUAGUAUUUGAGGGUAUCAUAACGCCUAUAGUUUUAUAUACCCCAUGAUGCACUAAGAUAGUCCACUGCUAAUAUUGCUCAGAUAAACCACCUACAUGUCUCAAUUCAAUCAAUGUCUUUGCACUUGACCCAAUCUUUUGCUAAUAUGAAGUGAUGAACCUGACUAAAAAGACUAAAGUCAAAUUGGCAAAGAUAUAGCAUUCAAUAUCAAACAAGAAGUGAAUUCAUUCCCAUUUCACUACAAAUUAUAAUGACCUUGUCAUGACCUAGUUUAUCUGUUUCAGGACAACUUGUUAUAAUAUGUAUGAGGUUAUCAUAUGUAUUCUAUCUGUACAUGAUUAAUAUAGAGUCAUCACCACAUUAAGGCCAUAUCCAGGCUGUUUCCAUACACACACACAAUAUUUUCAAAAACCAUUGUCUCAGAACUACUUUUUAAUUUUUAUUCCAGGGCUUUACAAGGAAUUUUUUGUCUGAAUUCCAGACCUUUUCAAGGUAAACAUUUGUAUUCCAGGCAAACCAUGGUACAUGUACCUACAAUUUUGUAUACCAAUAAUGCAAGUGAACUGGUUCAUCUUUUCCUUAGACUAUGCAUAGCUAAUUAGCUAGGUUCUUCGUCCUUGCGUGUGACUUAACAUGUUGCAUAAAAGUGAGAUGAAUUGAAUAAGGUGCUAAUAUAUCUUUCACAAAAUAUUCUAAAUUAUUUCACAUUGCUGCCUGUCUCAGAUGUAUGGCAGUUUUAGUAUGAGUAACAGUGGUGUUGUAAGACAAGGCAGCUUGUUUCCUAUAAGAUAGGCAUGCAGUCUUAUAUCUGCCCAAACACAAUUGUGCACAGUAUUUUUACCAUAAGUCUGCUCAAUGUAGUAUACCCUGUCUGGCGCUCGGCAUUAAGGGGCUAAAACAAGGACUGGUCGGCUCGGAGUCAGUAUACUGUGUCUGAGUGGGGUAUUCAUGUCAAACUGCGGCAUGGUAUCUCAGUGAGCUAGCACUAUAAAUCGGCAUCAGUCCGGACUAGUACAAGCAGCCACACAAACACAUACACGUACAUGCACGUCGCUAUAUAAGUGCAAUAAUCUUGGACGCGACGUUAAACCCCAUUUCACCUCACCUCACCUCAAUGUAGUAAGUACUAACGAACUGCUGAUGUAUUAUCACUUCUUUUAUGAUCUCUCUUGCCUAUUGUUUACAAAAUAGGAAUUCCAAUGUUGUUAAAAUGUCAUUAAAAUCAAAUCAUUUCUAUGAAUCAACACCUGUAACCAUGGUAACUGUCAAGAUUGCACACACCCUCAAUUGGUCACUUCAGGUCAGCUGUCUAGUCAGCCAAUGACCGAGUUGGUUCUAAAUUCUUGAUACGAAGCAUGCCUCUAAAAGGGAAUUUAAACGGGUAGUCCCAAAUGGGGUAUAAUAAAGGUUGGACCAUACAUGAUGUGGAUAUUUUAUACAUCCUUUUUUUUUCGAGUGCAUUGCACCCGACUCAAAAACAGUUGACUGUCAAGGGAACAUUUGUGUUUUCAUUGGAUUUUCUUUUAAGAUUAAAAUUUCCAGAUUUAAGAGAAGACAUAAAGCAGAAUCCUUUUAGAAAGCUGACAUUCAUUUGUUCAAGAAACCACAUGACCUUCCUCAUGAAUGGGCGGUCGAGUUCACUAAGGGUUCACCUAACAUGACCUAGAGGGUUUAUCACAUCUUCACAGAAAGGUACGGAAUCGGAGUCAAAAUCUGAUUUUGAUAAGCUUGAAUGCCAUAAUUGUCAUCAGAAACAUCAUAAUUCAAAGGGUGCUUUGCAAAUAUCACAUGAAGAUGAUUUUUGCUGUGUUUAUUGUCCUGCUUCAUUCCAUAACCUAUUGCCAUGAUUGCUUGUCAGAAAACCAUACUCUCAUGUAUGUCAAGCUAUGUAUGAGUUAUGUACAAAACAUGUGUUCACUCUUAACAUCUUAUUCGUGAGGUGGAUCAUAUUUAGUUAAAUCUUGAAAAUGCUCAUUUUGUAAUUUAAUACUUUGGAAAUAAAUGUUUCAAACAUA